AUGCAUGAGUCUUCAACCAAAAAUAGAAUAUCUGCUGUUUCACCACUCAAUGAAGAUUCCACAGAUACUACAAAGUCUGAUAACUCACUCAUAGAAGAAGUUCAGAGACUGAAAGCCGAGGCUAGGAGACUUGAAAUGCAAUGUGAACUCCAAAACCAUGAAACACAAGAGAUUCAAAAUAAAAUCGAGGAGAGUUGGUCCGUGGCGAAAGAGGAAGCGGCUAAAUGCAAAGCAGCAAAAGAGGUCAUACAAGCUUUGACACAAAGGGUAAGUAUGCUCCUCAAAAAUGACAAAUUGAUGGACAACAACACUAACCUCACUAUGCCAGAAUCUCAACAAGACACUGUAGAUAUCUUGAAAGCUGAAUGGGUAGAGCGGUAUGAGGACGGUGUUUACAUCACAUUGACAACCUCGCCGAGUGGAGAAAAAGAACUUAAGCGCAUGAGAUUCAGCCGGGAGCUAUUUGCGAAGAAGGACGCUGAGAGAUGGUGGGAUGAGAAUUAUGCAAAAGUGAUUCAUAAGUAUGGAAUUGAAGGAUAUAAAAAGUAA